AUGUGUGGAAUAAGCAAUUUGCUAGACAAGAGUCUACUUCAUAUGGAUUCUGAUGGGCGGAUUUCUAUGCAUGAUAUGCUUGAAGAGAUGGGGAAGGGCAUUGUUCACCGAGAAUCUAAGAAUCCCAGAAAGCGCAAGAGGUUAUGGAGUCUCGAAGACAUGAACCAAGUGCUCAAAUAUAAUAAAACAGUUGAUAGCGUAUCUUUUUCUGAUGAGCUAAGGUAUCUUCGUUGGGACUUUUUUCCCUUGAAAUCCUUAUCAAGUUUUAAUCCAAAGAAUCUUGUUGUGUUGAAACUAACUGAUAGCUGCAAAGAACAACUUUGGAAGGAAGAUCACCAGGAUCUUCUUAAUUUAAGGUCAAUUGACCUUUCUAAUUGCAAUAAACUACGGAAUAUCCCUGAUCUAUCAGGAGCCAUCAACCUUCAAAGCUUUUACUGCAAUGGGUGUGAAAAUUUGGUUAAGCUGCCUUGCCUUAACCAUUUGGCAUCUCUUGAAAAACUUGACCUUUCUGGUUGCAAGAGUCUAAGGAAAAUCCCGAGUCUAUCAAGAGCCAUCAACCUUCAAAGCAUUUGCUGCAAUGGGUGUGAAAAUUUGAUUGAACUACCUUGCCUCAACCACUUGGCAUCUCUUGAAAAACUUGGCCUUUCUGACUGCAAGAGUCUAAUGGAGAUCCCUAAUCUAUCAGGAGCCAUCAACCUCCAAAGCCUUUGCUGCAAUGGGUGUGAAAAUUUGGUUGAAAUACCUUCCCUCAACCAAUUUGUAUCUCUUGAAAUCCUUGACCUUUAUUGUUGCAGGAAUUUAAGUAAGAUUCCUAAUCCAUUUGUAGCCAUCAACCUUAAAUCACUUAAGUGCAAUUACUGUACAAGAAAUGAAGUUUCGGCAAAUGAGUUUGAGCAUCGAAGCGUGAAUUCUCGGAUAAAUUUAAAGAUAGCCCCAAAUGGGUGUAGUGGGAGCAGAUUCUUGGAGAUGGGCGGGACCUACAGAUACAAAGUUCAUGUGUUCAUUGUGUUUAAUGAGGAUAUGAUUAUAAGAGACAAUGAUUAUGACGAGGCAUCAUUUUUCUGCAUCAAAGAAUCAUUCUCUUAUGUCUUCAUGGCUUCUUCUUCUUCUUCUUCUAGUCAAUUGAAGUAUCAAGUUUUCUUGAGCUUCAGAGGUGAAACGCGCCUUAACUUCACCAGCCAUCUCCUCAAAGCUCUGAAAGACACCGGCAUGAACGUCUUCUUCGAUGAAGAUAAACUGGAGAAAGGGGAGCAGCUUUCACAGGCACUUUCCCAAGCAAUAGCAGCCUCAAAUCUCACAAUAGUCGUCUUGUCUUUCGACUAUGCUUCUUCCAAAUCAUGCUUAGCCGAACUCUGUGACAUCAUGGGUCGCAAGGGAACUCAACAACAUACUGUUCUUCCCAUCUUUUACCAUGUUGAUCCUUCUCAUGUCCGAAACAUUGUUGGAAGUUUUAAGGAAUCCUUUGAAGAGCAUGAAUCGAAUAGGCCACUUGAUGAAGUGAAUCGAUGGAGAGAUGCCUUUGUUGAAAUCGGCAAAUUAAAAGGGUGGCAUAUACAAGGCGGCAAACUCGAUAGAUCUGAGGCUGAAAACAUCGAAGAUGUCGUUGAGCAUGUCAUAAAAGAAUUGAAUAGCAAGUCUAAAAGUGUUUCUAAAGAAUUAGUUGGAAUAGAUGAUCAGAAAAAAAAGAUCUUGCAGCUAAUCGAGGAAGAAGAUAAUCGAAUAAUAGGACUUUGGGGAAUGGGUGGUAUUGGCAAGACUACCCUUGCUGAAGCUGUCUAUAAUGAAAUCUCUCCAACGUUUCAAUGUCGUUGCUUCCUUCAAGAUGUUAGUGAGAAAAUAGAAAAACAGGGGAAGGAAUCUUUACGAAAUGAACUUCUUUCCGAACUAUUGAACUCGAAAACUUGUGUAGACACCCCCUCCAUAAGAUCCGUCUUAACCCAACAGAGGCUCAGUAAUAUGAAAGUAAUCGUCGUCCUUGAUGAUGUUGGUGACUCGGAACAGAUAGAUCUUAUGGGUGUAAAACAUUUUGGUGAUGGAAGUAAAAUUAUCAUAACAUCCAGAGAUAGGCAAGUACUUACGAAUGGAGGAGCUGACAAAAUACAUAAGGUGAAUAAGUUAAAUGAGGAUGACUCCCUUCAACUCUUUUCUACAUUUGCAUUUAAGUCGUUGAAUCCUGCUCCUGAUUUUCAAUAUCUAUCGAAUAAUUUUUUGCGGUACGCCCAAGGCAGUCCACUCGCUCUUAAAGUUUUGGGUUCUAAACUAUAUACAAAGUCUAGAAAAGAGUGGGAAAGUGAGGUGGACAAGCUCAAGGAAUACGCAAAACCAAAGAUUUCACAGAUUUUGAUGAGUAGUUUUGACGAGUUGGAUGAACAAGAGAAGAAUAUAUUUCUUGACAUAGCAUGCCUCUUGAAAGGGAAAUCCAAGAAAGAAGUAGAAGAAAUUCUAAGUUGCUUGUAUGACGGUGCAAUGUGCGGAAUAAGCGAUUUGCUUGAUAAGUGUCUAAUUGAAGUGGAUUCCAAUGGGGUGAUAUGUAUGCAUGAUAUGCUUGAAGAGAUGGGAAAAGACAUUGUUCGCCGAGAAUCUAAAGAUCCUGGAGAGCGCAGUAGGUUAUGGAGUCUUAAAGACAUGAUCCAAGUGCUCAAAUAUAAUAAAGUAUCUUCAUUGGGACUUUGUCCCUUGGAAUGCUUAUCAUCAAAUUUUAAUCCAAAGAAUCUUGUUGUGUUGAAAAUAACUGGUAGCUGCAUAGAACAACUUUGGAAGGAAGAUCACCAGGAUCUUGUUAAUUUAAGGUCAAUUGACCUUUCUGAUUGCAACACUCUGAGGAAGAUCCCUAAUCUAUCAGGAGCCAUCAACCUUCAAAGCCUUUGCUGCAAUGGGUGUUUAAGUUUGGUUGAACUACCUUCCCUCAACCAGUUGGUAUCUCUUGAAAGCCUUGACCUUUCUUAUUGCAAGAAUUUAAGGAAGAUUCCUAAUCCAUUUGGAGCCAUCAACCUUAAAUCACUUAAGUGCAAAUACUGUACAAGUUUGGUUGAACUACCUUCCCUCAACCAGUUGGUAUCUCUUGAAAGCCUUGACCUUUCUUAUUGCAAGAAUUUAAGGAAGAUUCCUAAUCCAUUUGGAGCCAUCAACCUUAAAUCACUUAAUUGUAAUGGGUGUUUAAGUUUGGUUGAACUACCUUCCUCAACCAGUGGAUCUCUGAAAGCCUUGACCUUCUAUUGCAUGAAUUUAAGGAAGAUUCCUAAUCCAUUUGGAGCCAUCAACCUUAAAUCACUUAAGUGCAAAUACUUUACAAGUUUGGUUGAACUACCUUCCCUCAACCAGUUGGUAUCUCUUGAAAGCCUUGACCUUUCUUAUUGCAAGAAUUUAAGGAAGAUUCCUAAUCCAUUUGGAGCCAUCAACCUUAAAUCACUUAAGUGCAAAUACUGUACAAGUUUGGUUGAACUACCUUCGCUCAACCAGUUGGUAUCUCUUGAAAGCCUUGACCUUACUGGUUGCUGGAGUCUGAGGAAGAUCCCUAAUCUAUCAGGAGUCAUCAACCUUCAAAGUCUUUGCUGCAAUGGGUGUGAAAGUUUGGUUGAACUACCUUCCCUCAACCAGUUGGUAUCUCUUGAAAGCCUUGACCUUUCUUAUUGCAAGAGUCUAGAGGAGAUCCCUAAUCUAUCAGGAGCCAUCAACCUUCAAAGCCUUUCCUGCAAUGGGUGUGAAAUUUUGUUUGUACUACCUUCCCUCAACCAGUUGGUAUCUCUUGAAAGCCUUGACCUUUCUUAUUGCAAGAGUCUUAUGUGGAUCCCUAAUCUAUCAGGAGCCAUCAACCUUAAAUCACUUGAGUGCAAUUACUGUAUAAGUUUGUUGGAACUACCUUGCCUCAACCAUUUGGCAUCUCUUAAAGAGCUUGGACUGGAGGGAUGUCAUAAUCUUAUGGAGUUUCCUGAGCUCCCAAAAAAUUUCUCUGAGUUAGAUUUAAGGCACAAUGAAAUAAAACAAGUGCAGGAUUCCAUUCAGCGUCUUGUUGGACUUAGAAAAUGUAUCGAGCAAUAUUUCCAAGUUGGAAUCCCUUAACGUUUUGGAACUUGAGGACUG